AGGAGGAGAAAGAGGAGGGCGGCGAUGGCGGGGCUGGCCUGGAAGUGGCCGCGGACGCGGCUGCCCGUGGGCGCCAGCGCCCUGGGCGUCUUUGUGCUCUGCUGGCUUUACGUGUUCCCCGUGUACCGGCUGCCCGACGAGAAGGAGAUCGUGCAGGGGGUGCUGCUGCAGCAGGGCAGGGCGUGGAGGAGGAACCACACGGCGCUCGCCCUCUUCAGGAAACUACUGGAAGAAUGUUGUGACCCUGGCCAGCUCUUUGCCAUGACAAAGCAGAACUCGCCCAUGGGAAAGAAUCUCUGGUUUGAUGGGGAAUUGCUGUAUUCUUUCACCAUUGAUAAUGCAACUUACUCGCUCUUCCCACAGGCUACCCCGCUGCAGCUGCCGCUGAGGAAGUGCUCCGUGGUGGGCAACGGCGGCAUCCUCAAGAGGAGCGGCUGCGGCAGGCAAAUAGACAGCGCCGACUUCGUCAUGCGGUGCAACCUUCCUCCUCUCUCCCGUGAAUACAGCAAGGACGUCGGAACUAAAACGCAGCUGGUGACUGCAAAUCCCAGUAUAAUUCAGAAAAGGUUCCAGAAUCUGCUUUGGUCCCGAAAAGCGUUUGUGGACAGCGUCAAGGUGUACAACCACAGCUACAUCUACAUGCCAGCCUUCUCCAUGAAGACAGGGACAGGGCCCUCGCUCCGCGUCUACUACACUCUGCAGGACUUUGGCGCCAAGCAGAGGGUGCUCUUCGCCAACCCCAAUUUCCUGCGUGACAUCGGCAAGUUCUGGAAGAGCAAAGGCAUCCACGCCAAGCGCCUUUCCACGGGGCUCUUCCUGGUCAGCGCUGCCCUGGGCCUGUGCGAGGAGGUGACCAUCUACGGUUUCUGGCCCUUCUCGGUGGACCUGCGUGGGAAGUUUAUCAGCCAUCACUACUAUGACAAUGUGCUGCCCGAUUCCGGAUUCCACGCCAUGCCGGAGGAAUUUCUACAGCUCUGGUUUCUGCAUAAAAGCGGGGUCCUGAGGAUGCAGCUAGAACAGUGCGAGGACCCGUUAAUGCAGCCUGCUACCUAAGGAUUGGAGGGCUCGGCUGGGAGAUCCAACAGUUCUUACUUUUCCUGUCCUCCAGAAAGAGGGCUCUGUUUUCUGUUGAUCCUUUUUAAAGGGAAGAAUAAUCACGGAUUUGUGGAUUUGCAUGGACCGUAAAAAUGCUACUUGAAGACCAAACAGAAAACAUCCUUUAUGUACAAUGUUUUAUGAAACUGGGGUGAGGGAAAAAGAGUCUCUCCAUGGAGUCCAUUCGGCAGCGUUGUGAAAAUAAUGUCAGAAGUGACACAGCUGAACUUUCUGGGUGAUGUUUUUAAAUGACCAAUGUAAAAGGGCAUUAGGACUCCGAGAGAAACAGGGCCACCCACGAGCUUUUGCUGACAGUGCCAAAUAUGACUGUCUGUUCAAAAGUCCAUUUCAUUCCAGAUUGGCACCUCAUGCAACUUUCUUACCCUUUUCCUUUUUUUCUCUACGUGUGUGCGUGUGUGUAGGAGUGUGUGUAGGAGUGUGGUGUGUUUCCUUCUCCUUUCCUUUUCUCCUCUUUCUUUUCUUCCUCUUUUCUUUGGUGGGGGAAAGGAAGGCAAAGCUUGACCGUCACAAGAGCUGAGUCUCAUCAGCUCCUCCAGCGACUCUUGGGAGAAUUAAGGCUAGAAAAAUGUCUUGGGAAUGUCCUGCUACUGAGCAGGGUUAGACUUGCCUGUUGUAGAAAUUAUCAGGGUAAUUUAGAUCAUUGCACAUGUAGUUAGGCUAAUCCUGUAUCAUGUAUCAUUGGCAAGAGCUGGCUGAGGGAAACUGUGUUGAAAAUAGAAGUUAAAAAAAAAAAGAAAAAAAAAAAAGAAAAGGAAGGAAAAAUCAUUAAAUGCACCCUGGUUUAAGUUGGUCUGUUACAAGGUUUCUGCACUGACUUGUAGUAGAGAUUGCUGCUGACCUGUUUUGCUCUCCAGCCUUUGGGGAUUAAUUCUGUAUUCAUUUGGACUCCAGAUGCACGUUGCCUAUCAAGGGGAUAUGAGUUGUUCAGUGGAAAGCAGAAGGAGGUUCUUCAUUUGCUUAUAGCAGAAAAACUGCAGAAAUGAAUGUAAGUGUCAAUUGAAAAUGUGUUUCUCUAUGUGUGACUAGCUCUUCUUCUGUUUGGAUUGUAAUGUUGGCCUUAAAGACUUGUACUUCUCUUGCAAGAUUGUCUCUGGUCAAAGAAAGUCUGAAAAAUAAAACAGCCUUUGGGAGCACUCAAAAUCUACAGAGCCAGCAAGAAAAAAAAAAGAGAGAAAAAGAAAAGAAAAUGGUAAGAGCUUAUGUAAUGCAGUCAUUCUCCUUGCAAUCAGUGAAUUAUGUAAGUGUAUACAUUUCACUUAGGCUGCUCUAGUCAGUGCAGUGCCUGAAGGACUGUUUUAUUUUGGGUUAUUACUUGGAGAGCAGAUGAUUCUCUUGCCAUGUAAAUGAGAAUUUUUGUUUGUUUCUUUGUUUGUUCAGCACUGUCGGACGAGAACACUAGUUUAGUCCACAGUGCAGUGUCUGCUGCAAGAUGUUAUAACCGGUAACUCUUGAAUCCAGAGUGGUGUUCCCUUUUCAUGCCUCCAUCAUUAGCUGAAAUUCUAGUCAAGCUCUUGAAACAACAAAACUGUAAUCAGGUUUCCACGAUGAUUUCCUGCGCUACCUGUUUUAGCUCCAAAGUGCUAAUAUUUUGGA